GUGUGACCAGGCCGUCGCCCGCUCCCAUACGCCGAGGCAGAGAAAACAGUGGGAAUUGGAGAGCUCAGUAGCAUCUGCCAACAGCAUUCACUUCGUGGACAAUUCAUUACUCAAACGAAGUAGUUGUGUGCAUUUGAAUGGGCGUACAAAGUGACAGAAGCCGUGCUGUCGUCUCAUGCUAGCUACGUAACGUUAGUUUAGACUGACAAUGAAACAAAAGCGUGCAAUGUGUCAAGGGGAACGUUCCAAUUAAAGCGUCACAGAAAAUACAAGGACACCAGAGCUGUAAUUUAAGAGGAAAGGUGGAUUUGGGGGAAAGAAGAAUAACCUUUUAUGGUAAUGUGAUUCCACCAGAGGCUUCAUUUGGCAAAGCCUGGUUCCUCCUGAGAAGCUGACGCCAGCCAGUGUCUCUCUCCCCGUCUCUGUGUCUGGAUGAUGUCGCGGCACAACCAGCGCUUCGAGAGGGACUUCCGCGGGGCAUGGGAACGGCGCGAGCGCUGCGCCUCGCUGGCCGCUGCCGUCGGCAACAACAGCAACAACAACGGCGGCGGCUGCAUGACCAAUGGCUGUGCGGGAGGCGGAGUCUCGGUGCCCAGUGGCGGCAACAACCGCCCGGGACUCCUUCCCCUGCCCGUCAUCCCGUCUCUGCUGCCCACGCCGGUCACUGUGGCGACCACCACCUCUAGCAGCGAGCUGGCCUGCAAGCGCCUCGUACCACCCCCCACCACCACAGGCUCCAAGGUGCCAAUGCUGCCUGCGGGGGACGGCCAGGCUCAGGGGCAGGUCCUGGCCACAGGGGUGCGGUGGGGGCAGACGCCCGUCAACCAGUCCACGCCGUGGGAGACAGACGAGCCCCCAGCCAAACAGAUGCGAGAUAAGGACCUCACAGGGUCCCGAUGGCCUCCAGUGGUCACUCAGUCCAGCCUCCUGGCCCACUCCUAUGGGAUGCCCCAGGCGCCAGCCUACAGCCAGUGUGUGACGGUGCAGGCGCCCAUCAUCGGCGUGACCCCCACGCUGCCCAACCCGGUGCCCCCACCUCACCCGCUCAUGAGCGCCCACUACCAGCUGCCCCAGCAGCCGGCCCAGCCCCUGGCCACCAUGGUGCUCAACAUGCACAACCAGCCGCUGGGCGUGGCCGGCCUGCCGCCCAUCACCAUGUCCCCCAUGACGGGCGUCUGCCAGGUGGCCCACCCCGUCCACACCGUGGUGGGCAACGGCCACAUGCACAACCCCAUGGUGCCGCCGACGUCCUGCUUGCCCACUGCUGCCGCCACCACCGCCCCUCCGCUGACCAAUGGCCAGGCAGCGCAUCUGCAGCCCCCCGGCCCGGCCAUGCCACCCGCUGUCGCCGCCGCCGCGGCCGAGGGGACUAACGGCCUGCAGAUGCUCAGAACUGUAGGGAUGGGGAAGUAUGAGUUCACCGACCCCUGGCAUCCCAAAGAGAUGUUGAAGGAACUGAACCAGCAGCGGCGAGCGAAAGAGUUUACAGACCUGAAAAUAAUUGUUGAAGGCAAAGAGUUUGAAGUCCACCAAAAUGUUCUAGCUUCCUGCAGCUUAUAUUUCAAGGACAUGGUUAAAAGGUUGUCGGGGGAGAGUCGGAGCGGCGAGAAGCUGCGGCUCAUCAUGAGCAACAUCAGCGCCGACGUGCUGGAGCUGCUGCUGGAGUUCGUGUACACGGGCUCGCUCAUCAUCCACUCGGCCAACGCCAAGACCCUCCUGGAGGCCGCCAACAAGUUCCAGUUCAACACCUUCUGCAAAGUCUGCGUCUCCUUCCUAGAGAAGCAGCUGACGGCCAGUAACUGCCUUGGCGUGCUAGCCAUGGCUGAGGCCAUGCAGUGCACUGAGCUCCACAACAUGGCCAAGGCCUUCGCCCUUCAGAACUUCCCCGAGGUGGCCAGCCAGGAUGAGAUCCUCAGCGUCUCCAAAGAUGACCUGGUCAGCUACAUGUCCAACGACAGCCUCAACACAAAGGCCGAGGAGCUGGUCUACGAGACAGUCAUCAAGUGGAUCAGGAAGGACCCCAGCAGCCGAGUCCAGCACUUGUCGGAGCUGCUGGCCGUGGUCCGCCUGCCCUUCAUCCACCCCAGCUACCUGCUGAAUGUGGUGGACAACGAGGAGCUCAUCAAGUCCUCGGAGGCCUGCCGCGACCUGGUCAACGAGGCCAAGCGCUACCACAUGUUGCCGCACGCCCGCCAGGAGAUGCAGACGCCGCGCACCAGGCCCCGGCUGUCCGCAGGUGUUGCAGAGGUGAUUGUGCUGGUAGGGGGUCGGCAGGUCAUUGGCAUGAACCAUCGGUCCCUGACAGCCGUCACUUGCUUCAACCCGCAAAACAACAAGUGGUACCCCCUGGCCAGUCUGCCUUUCUACGACCGCGAGUUCUUCUCCGUCAUUUCAGCAGGGGAUAAUAUCUACCUGUCAGGUGGAAUGGAGUCGGGCGUCCCUCUGUCAGACGUGUGGUGCUACAUGUCCCUGCUCGAUAAUUGGAACCUAGUGUCCAGGAUGACGGUCCCGCGGUGUCGGCACAACAGCGUGGUCUACGACGGCAAGCUCUACACCAUCGGUGGCCUGGGCGGCACGGGGAACCUGGAUAACGUUGAGAGGUACGACACCAUCACAAAUCAGUGGGAGACGGUGUCACCCCUCCCCAAGCCAGUGCACUCAGCGGCGGCCACCGUCUGUGGGGGCAAGAUUUACGUGUUCGGGGGUGUGAACGAGGCCGGCCGCUCGGCGGGGGUACUGCAGUCCUACAUGCCCCAGACCAACACCUGGAGCUUCAUCGAGUCGCCCAUGAUCGAUAACAAAUACGCUCCGGCCGUCACUCUCAAUGGAUUCAUCUUCAUUCUGGGUGGGGCCUACGCCCGGGCCACCACCAUCUACGACCCCGAGAAGGGCAACAUAAAAGCCGGACCCAACAUGAACCACUCCAGGCAGUUCUGCAGCGCCGCUAUCCUAGACGGGAAGAUCUUUGCCACGGGCGGGAUCGUGAGCAGCGAGGGCCCAGCGCUGAGCAACAUGGAGGCCUUUGACCCGUGCGCCAACGCCUGGAAGCUGCAGCAGAGCCUGCCGUGCCCGCUCUUCAGACACGGCUGCGUGGUCAUCAAGAAGUACAUCCAGAGCGGCUGACGCGGGCGAACAUGAGCCCGCUCCCACGCGCCACGCCAUCCCCGGCACUCACUCCAGAACAGCCGCCCCCAGGAUUAGCAGUGGUGACAUUGAUGCCUGGCGUGAACACCCACCACCCUCCACCUCCCCCCGCACCCCACAAACACACACACACACACCACUCACACACACUGACAGACUCUCUCUCUCUCUCAAACACACAUGCGGACAUACACACAUGCACACACACACCUCUCCCCUUGUACUUUCUGUCUAAUGCUCCCCCUUCCAGGCCUGCAGCCACCAC